AUGGUGAUCAUUGCCCGGGCACCGGGCAAUGAAGCCCUGGGGAAACCAACGGAAGAGAUUCAUGACCUCCAUGAUCGCCUUAACCUGAUUAAGGUUCAGAUAGCGGAGCUUUAUGCCCUGAAUCAAAAAUUCAGGUGCAAUUUCGAGCAUCUUUCUGUUGCGAUGCUGCAUGCCAAGAAGAACCACCUGCUGGAUGAUGAAGAAUUGAUGCGAUUGGAAGAGCUGAACCGAGCUGCCAACGCUGCCAAGCACGAAGGUUUGGGCAUUGAUGACCCAGAGGAAGACAGCCAGAAAAGAGAUGACAAGAAGAAGGACGAGCAGAGGGAAAUCAUGGCAGAAGAUAUUGGUCAUGAGUGCGGCUUCGCGAUGCUUCGGCUUUUGAAACCUCCUGAGUACUACUUGGAGAAGUAUGGCACCCACUUCUUCGGUUUGAAUCGAAUGCACUUGCUCAUGGAGAAACAACGAAACCGUGGACAAGAUGGCGCAGGCGUUGCCAAUGUAAAGUUGGACAUGGCGCCAGGCACCAAGUACAUUCACUGCGAGAAAUCCAUUGCAGCCGAUCCGAUCGGAGAUUUGUUCGGCCGUGUGGAAAAGCAGGCCACUGCCCAGUUGCAUAAAGCACCAAAGGAUGCCAAGUUGCCAACUGGCCCGGGCGGCAAAGAGCAAGUUGAUCCCAGGUGGGUCAAGGACAACAUCCCUUUCUGCGGGGAGUCGUACUUGGCUCAUGUCCGCUAUGGAACUGACAGUGAGAACAGCAUCGAUCGAUGUCAUCCUGUGACACGUGAAAGCAAUUGGAUGACCAGAAAUCUCAUCCUGGCUGGAAAUUUCAACAUCACCAACAACGAGGACCUCUUCGGCAGCUUGGUGCAACUUGGCCAACAUCCACGGGAGCUCUCUGACACCGUGACGCUCUUGGAGAAGAUUGGCCACUUCGUGGACAAAGAGAACAACGACCUCUAUGUGAAGUAUUCAGCAGCAGGUCACAGUCCUCAAACUUGUUUCAGUCUCAUUGCAGAGAACAUCAACAUUGCAAGGAUCCUACGCCGUGCUUCCAGCCUCUGGGAUGGUGGAUACUGCAUUGCUGGUUUGUUGGGACAUGGGGAUGCUUUUGUGAUGCGAGAUCCUAGCGGAAUUCGCCCUGCCUUCUACUACGCAGAUGAUGAGUUCAUUGUGGUGUGCAGCGAAGCACCUUUGAUCCAGACGGUGUUCAAUGUCAAUGGGGACCACGUGCAUCCACUGCCACCAGGACAAGCACUGUGCAUCAAGAGGAGUGGAGCUUGGACGUUGGAUCAAAUCCUGGUGCCAUUACCAUUGAAGCAGUGCUCCUUUGAACGCAUCUACUUUUCUCGCGGGAAUGAUGCUGGCGUGUACCGAGAGCGCGAGGAGCUUGGAAGAUUGCUGCUGCCGCCACUCUUGAAACUCUUGGGUGAGAAUUCAUUGUCAUUGGCCAACACUGUGCUUUCCUUCAUCCCCAACACCUCUGAGCUGGCCUUCUUGGGCUUGGCCAAGCAGGCGCAGGACCACUUGGAUUGUCAGAAGGCGGACAUCUUCAAAGCGCUGAAGGCCAACAACGGCAAUGCUCCAAAGCUCAGCGAUGCGCAAUUGCAGGAGCUGCUCACCGCUAAGGUGCGAACUGAGAAAGUGGUGCACAAAGACGCCAAGAUCCGCACCUUCAUCCAGGAGGACUCGUCCCGCGAGCAUUUAACCAUGCAUGCCUACGAUGUGCACUAUGGCACCGUGCGACGUGGUCAAGAUGCCAUUGUGGCUUUGGAUGACUCCAUCGUGCGAGGCAACACUUUGAAGAAUGCCAUCCUACGAACCCUCGACAAGAUGGGCCCCACUCAGAUUGUGGUGGUAUCUUCGUGUCCUCAGAUUCGUUAUCCCGACGUCUAUGGCAUUGACAUGGCGAAGCUGGGUGACUUGGCUGCUUUCAAAGCAGCCAUUGGCCUCAUGAAGGAUCGGGGUAUGGAACACAUCCUGGACGAAGUCUACAAGAUGUGUCGUGAGGAGCUGAAGGCACCGUUGAAGGCCGGGCACAUUGUGAACCACGUGCAGAGGAUCUACGAACCCUUCACCCCAGAAGAGAUCUCACUGCGCAUCGCCAAGGAUGUAAAGCCUAGUGACUGCAAAGCCGAAGUACAUGUUUUGUAUCAAAGCGUGGAGGACUUGCAUAAGGCACUGCCAGAUCACAGUGGUGACUGGUAUUUCACUGGUGACUAUCCAACACCUGGUGGUGCCCGAGUUUGCUGCCGUGCUUUUGCCCUGUGGAUGGAAGGAAGCACUCAGCGAUGCUACGGCAUCCACUCAGCUCUGUCCUUCCUGAAAGCUCGACGUCCCGCCUUGGUCUUGGGCAGUGGUGGUCGGGAACAUGCUUUGGCAUGGAAGCUCAGCAAAAGCGCGGAGGUCAGUGUCGUCUUCGUGGCACCUGGCAAUGGUGGAAUUGGCAACUCGUAUGGUCAAGCUGAACCCUUUGAUGCGUCUCCCAUGGUGAAUGUGGAUUUGGCGAUCACAGGUCCAGAUUUUACCGAUGUGAUCAGCUUUUGCAGGCAGCAUGAUGUCGGCCUCGUGGUGGUGGGUCCUGAGCAGAUGCUGGCAGAUGGUGUGGCUGACAAGCUUCGCGAGGAGGAUAUUCCUGUCUUCGGACCAAGCAAAGCUGCCGCCCAGAUUGAAGCCUCCAAGUCCUUCGCAAAGGACUUCAUGAGGCGACACAAGAUCCCCACAGCUGAAUAUCAGACCUUCACAACAGGUGGUUUGGAUGCAGCGCUCAAAUACAUUGACUCAGUGUCCUUUGACGUGGUGGUGAAAGCCAGUGGCCUUGCUGCUGGGAAGGGUGUCAUCGUGCCAGAGAGCAAGGAGGAAGCGAAGCAAGCUGUCAGGGACUGUUUGGAAAAGAACAUGUUUGGUGAAGCUGGGCAAGAGGUUGUCAUCGAGGAGAGGCUCUUCGGCCCUGAGUGCUCCGUCUUGGCCCUAUGUGAUGGACACCGCAUCGCAGUCCUUCCACCUGCCCAGGAUCACAAACGAGCCUUCGACAGUGACCAAGGGCCCAACACUGGUGGUAUGGGAGCCUUUGCACCAACACCUGUCGUCAAAGAAGAGAUGUUGGAGCAAAUCAAGAAGGACAUCCUGCUACCGACCAUCAAUGGAAUGAGGGCUGAGGGCAAACCGUUCAUCGGUUGUCUCUUUGCAGGCCUGAUGAUUACCCCCAGCGGGCCAAAGGUCAUUGAGUUCAACUGCCGUUUUGGUGACCCUGAAACCCAAGUGGUUCUGCCUCUCAUCGAGGGUGACCUUUACCACAUGCUAAGCUCCUGCGCCAAUGGUGAGCUGUCGGAAAAGGCCAUCAGCAUCUCUGCAGACACCUGUGCUGUCACCGUGAUCAUGGCCAGUGGCGGCUACCCGGGAUCCUAUGCCAAGGGCCACAUGAUUUCAGGCCUUGAACGUGCCGGCAUUGUACCUGGCGUCACCGUCUUCCAUGCAGGUACGAAGCCCGUGGACAACCCAGCCAUCUCCCUGACUUUGACGACCAGUGCAGGGGCAGCUGCUCUUCAGCGCAUGCUUCACCAUCGAACCAUGACCAGAGGGGUGAUGAAGCCCACCUCGGUGGUCACAUCAGGUGGCCGAGUCCUUGCUGUGACAGCUGUUGCGCAUGGUGGAAUCUCCGAAGCUCGAGAACGCGCCUAUGUUGCCGUGCGCUCCAUUCGCUUCCAGGACAGUCACUACCGCAAGGACAUUGGUUCUUCCGCCAUUGCCAUCCCUAGACCUCGCAUCCGCAGCGGUGGGGAAUUGGCCAGCAUGGGCAGCAUGGGCAUCCAAGCCAAUGCCAGGAGCUUCAACACAACACCAGAGAGGAAGAGUUCAGCCACUUACCUCGAUGCUGGGGUGGACAUUGAGAUGGAUGAAGCCAUUGGCGCAAGCACCAAGAAGUUGAUGCAGCGCACCAGCCGUCCAGGAUGCACCUUGUCCAGUGAAGUGCAUGAAGGUCACUGCGAGCUGAGUACAUUGGGGUACAAGGCUCCUGAGGUGGUCAACAGCACCAAUGGCAUUGGAACAAAGCUGAAAGUGGCCACUGCCAUGGGUCAGUUUGAAAGCAUUGGCAUAGAUUUGUUGGCCCUUUGUGCCAAUGAUGUUGCAGCACGAGGUGCUGAACCAUUGAUGUUUUCCAGCCAUCAUUCCUGUGCCAAGCUGGAUGCGCAGCAGUCCUUGCAAGUGAACCAGGGGGCUGCGGACGGCUGUCACGAGGCCAACUGUGCUUUUGUGGAGGCAAAGACUGCUGAAAUGCCAGGGGUGUACAACUCGGGCACCUUUGACUUGGUUGGCUUUUGUAUUGGUGCGACUGAGCGUGGAUCACUUCUGCCCAAGCGGGAUACCAUGAAGGCGGGCGAUGUCAUCAUCGGUCUUCAUUCCUCGGGACUUCACAGCAAUGGCUUUAGCUUGUUGCGGUCGGUGGUGCAAGCAGCUGGCAUCCGCUAUCAGGCUGCAGCUCCCUUUGAUCCCACCCGUUCUUUCGGAGAGGUCCUUUUGGCACCCACACGCAUCUAUGUCCGUGCCUUGCAGGCUUUGACAAAGGCAGGACUGUUGAAGGGUGCAGCCCCAAUCACUCGCGGUGGUUUGUCGCGAAGCAUUCCCAGGGUGCUCCCGAAGCAGCUGAAAGCUCAAUUGAAAGCAGAAAAUUGGGAGCUUCCUGCAGUUUUCCGAUGGAUUGCAGCCAGGUGCAAGAUCCCUUGCGAUGAGUUGGCAGCCACUUUCAACUGUGGUAUCGGCAUGGCCCUGGUGGUGGCACAGGAACACAAGGAGCAAGUCAUGACGAUGCUGAAGAAGAUGGAUGAGGAACCUUGCGUCAUUGGAGAGCUGUUCGCCCGAAAGGAUGGCCAACCACAAGCCCAUAUUGAUGGAGCUGAGAGUUGCUGGCUGAUGCUUCCAGAACUUGGCGUGUCUCUGCCAUUCCCUCAGGUGCUGUCGUCCUUGCAAGAUCCACACAUGGUCUCACGAUCCAAGGUCUUGGCUCUGGGUGGUAGCGCACUGGCCACACCUCUCAAAGCCCUGUUGGAAGCCACAGAAAUCUGGGCUUUUCCUGCCGAAGUGAGUGCAGUGAUCAGUCUGAGUUCGCAGAGUCAACUGGUAAAAACUGCCAAGACUGCGGGCAUCGCCAGCUUCGUUGUGGAACCUGAAGUCAAGGUGGGAGGCAAUUCUUUCGCGCCCCCUCCGCGUGGUGCAGAUUCUCAAAUUGAGGAGCUUUUAGAAAAAGUCUUGGAGCAGCAUCGUGCAGAUCUCAUUGUGGUCAUGGAUGAUUUCAGCUUGGACCUCUUGCCCCUGAGCAUGCGCAAGAAAUGGGCCGGCAAACUCAUCACUGUGAGAGCUUCGUUGGUUCCAUACAAGGCUGAUCAGGAUCCUUUGCAGCUGGUGCUGGACGCUGGAAUGUGUGUGACCGGCUGCACGGUCUAUCAACAGACUGAAGAGGCUAAUGGACCUGGUGAGAUCAUGCUGCAAGAGACUGCGCGGGUUCUGGAGAGCGACACCCCCGACAGCCUCCAUGAGAGGAUCAUCGAGGAUGCAGAGAGCAAAGCAUUACCCGAGGCCGUGCGCCUGGUGGCCUCCGGAAAGUGGAAGUCGCGAAGGUCUGUGGCCUCAGCAGCACAGCCAACCCCUUCCUUGCCAUCUACAGCGUCCGCAGCAAAGAUGGACGGCGAUGCCAAGAGAUACGAACAGCGUGGAGUAUCCGCUGACAAGGGUGAUGUGCACGCUGCAAUCAAGAACAUGGACAAGGGCCUUUUCCCUCGGGCUUUCUGCAAAGUGGUCCCAGACUUCAUCAGCCGUGAUCCGACACAGGCGAUUGUGAUGCAUGCAGAUGGUGCUGGCACCAAGUCCUCCUUGGCCUACAUCUACUGGAAGAAGACUGGGGACAUCUCUGUGUGGAAAGGCAUUGCACAAGAUGCUUUGGUGAUGAACCUGGAUGAUUUGCUAUGUGUUGGCAUUACUGACAACAUUUUGCUGUCCAGCACCAUUGGUCGCAACAAGAACCUCAUCCCUCGUGAGGUCAUUGGGGCCGUGAUUGCCGGCACUGCCGCCUUGGUGGAUGAGCUGAACAGACAUGGAGUCGGCAUCAUCUUGACCGGAGGUGAGACGGCAGAUGUGGGCGACCUGGUCCGGACCAUCAUCGUGGACUCCACCGUGGCGGCCCAAGUGCCCAGAAGUGAUGUGAUUGACAACGCAAACAUCCGUGGAGGCGAUGUGAUCGUGGCCUUGUCAUCUUCGGGGAGGGCCACCUAUGAGGAGGGCUACAAUAGUGGCAUUGGUAGCAACGGCCUCACGGCGGCCAGACAUGACACCUUCAAGCACUCCUUGGCCAAAGAAUUCCCUGAAUCGUUUGAUCCUAUGAUGGCCGAAGAGUUGGUCUACAGUGGCAAGGUGGGAUUGGAAGAUCCCAUUGAAAUCGAAGGAUUCGGCACCAUCCCAGCAGGCAAAUUGCUGCUGUCGCCCACCCGAACUUACGGACCCAUCGUGCAGAAGAUUUUUGCCGCUGGCCUUCGUCAGCAAAUCCAUGGCAUGGUCCAUUGCUCUGGUGGGGCACAGACGAAGGUUCUGCAUUUUGUGGAUGGUGUUCAUGUGAUCAAGGACAACUUGAUGAAGACGGCCCCUGUCUUCAGAGUAAUUCAAGCCAACUCGGGUACACCAUGGGAAGAGAUGUACAAGGUCUUCAACAUGGGCCACCGUUUGGAAUUCUAUACCAAUCAGGAGGCAGCAUCGAAGAUCAUCGACAUCUCCAAGACCUUUGGAGUUGAUGCCCAGAUCAUUGGCCGAGUAGAAGCUCUUCCAGGCAAGAAGAAAGUGACCAUCAAAUCGGAGCAUGGCGUUUUCGAGUAUGGCUCCUAA